GAAGAGGGAGGCUUCGCGCGAUCCGGCCGCCAUGGUGAUUGCGGGCACCGCGGCGGCGUCGUGCCGCCCGCGGAGCGCGCGGUACGCCGAGAAGGGGUACCCGAGCUAUGCGGAGCUCGACGGGCGCCGCGUGCCUCGCUGGAGGAACGACGGCGGCGGCCGGGUGAAGAAUCCUGAGUCCCGGCGCGGAAGGAAGAGGGGACGCGGGGUGUCUGCCGAUGCGGUGGCGGCGUUCAAGGUUGAGCCACCGAUCCUGCAGGUCGAGGAGGCGGUGGCGCAGGAGCAUGAUAGGAAGCGGCGCAUGACCGGCGCCACGGUGAGCGUGACGGCGGUGGGCAAGGCGUUUCCGCUGAUCGAGGACGCGGAGGAGGAGGUGGCGUCCACGGACGGCGGGGCCGACGAGCGCGGCGGCGGCAAGAGCUGGAGGCUGCGGGUGAAGGAGACGCUGCGGGCGUUCAGCAGCAACUACCUCCACUUUGUUCAGGAGGAACAACGGAGAGCAGAGUCCGUAAGGCAAGAUCUCAAUGCGUUCAAGCUCCUCAAACGUCAGAUACCUGGUGAGUAUGGGAGAACCAUGACUCUGGCAAAGCAACAUGUCAAGAGAGGUCCAAAUGGAAGUACAAGAGGCCAUAAACCAAAGAGUUGUAACAGCCAAGUUAAUGGUAACUAUCAGGAAGCAAAACGAGCAUCCAAACGACCUGAUCUGAAAGCACUAACGAAGAUGCAAGAAAGUGGUGCUGUACUUUAUCGAGAGAAAAUGAUAGGUCAUUUACCAGGGAUUGAUGUUGGGGAUCAGUUCUACUCACGUGCCGAGAUGGUUGCUCUAGGCAUUCACAGCCAUUGGCUGAAAGGUAUAGAUUACAUGGGUAUGAAAUACCAAGAUAAGAAAGGAUGCGAGGACUUUACUUUCCCACUUGCAACCUGCAUCGUAUUGUCGGGAGUGUAUGAAGAUGAUUUAGAUAACGCAAAUGAAAUUAUUUACACUGGCCAAGGUGGGAACAACUGGCUUGGCAACCGUCUACAGAUAACUGCACAAACAUUGCUUCGUGGAAACUUGGCACUGAAAAACAGCAAGGAUAAUGGAAAUCCUGUACGAGUUAUUCGUGGACAUGUUGAAAAGAGCAGCUAUUCUGGAAAAGUUUACACCUAUGAUGGCCUGUAUAAGGUUGUGGGCUACUGGCCACAAAAAGGAAUGCAAGGGCAUUUGGUUUUCAAAUAUAGAUUGAAACGGCUUGAAGGCCAACCACCUUUAACAACUUCUCAGGUACUGUUUACCCGUGGAAAUGUUCCCAUGCCAAUAUCUGAAUUGCCUGGGUUGGUCUGUGCAGACAUUUCUAAUGGUCAGGAGAACUUUCCAAUUCCUGCUACAAAUUUAGUUGAUAAUCCUCCUGUUCCUCCGUCUGGCUUCGUGUACUCCAAAUCACUGCAGAUUCCAGAACAUAUCAAGAUACCAAUUGAUAAAAUCGGUUGUAAUUGCAGUGGAGAUUGUUCUACCUCUGAGCAUUGCUUGUGUGCUAAGCGCAAUGGUUCUGAUCUUCCUUAUGUGUCCACACAAAGGAAAAAUGCCAACCGGAAUCGUUCUAAACAUAACAGUGUUGGAAGGUUAGUGGAGCCAAAAGCUGUUGUGUACGAGUGUGGUACUUACUGUACCUGCCACUGCAACUGUGUUAAUAGAACCUCCCAGCAAGGAUUGAAGUAUCGCCUGGAGGUAUUCAAGACAGAAUCAAAAGGUUGGGGUGUUAGGACGUGGGACACUAUUCUUCCUGGGGCCCUAAUUUGCGAGUACACUGGGGUAUUAAGGAGGACUACGGAAGUCGAAGGAUUUCUGGAGAACAACUACAUAUUUGAUAUAGAUUGUCUUCAAACAAUUAAAGGCCUGGAUGGAAGAGAGCAAAGGGCCGGCUCAGAACUUCACAUAGCAUCACUUCAUUCUGAGCAUGACUCGGAGGCAUCUCAAGCUCCUGAAUAUUGCAUUGAUGCUGGUUCUGUUGGCAACAUUGCUAGGUUCAUAAAUCACAGUUGCCAACCUAAUCUUUUCAUUCAGUGCGUAUUGAGCUCACAUAGCGAUAUCAAGCUAGCAAAAAUUAUGCUUUUUGCAGCUGAUACCAUACCCCCAUUUCAGGAGCUCGGGUACGACUACGGGUAUCACCUGGACAGUGUGACAGGGGCAGAUGGCCAAAUCGUGAAGUUGGCUUGCCACUGUGGUGCUCCUGACUGCCGUAAACGACUUUACUAGGUUCUCCAGUCGUGUCGUAUGAUGACAUUCGUUCAUUAUGCCCUUUUUGGGCUGAUCACAAUGCUUCAUUGGAUGUUAUGCUAAUUGUGCGGCAUAAGAGAAGUUAAUCCUGAUAAAACUUCUCAAUGCAUGCUCCCUGGGCGCCAAACAUUCGAGAAAUAGAAAUGAUCCCGUUCCCGUUUCCAUACAAGACACUUGUCUUCGUCAUGGAUGAAACAAACAAAUUCAUACGAUGCAGUGCACAAUUGUGUUGUUUCUUGUUACUA